AUGCCAGUUGAGAUACAAAGAAUUAAAAGCCAGCCACAACACGCAGAAACCAUUCUGGGGAAGCGGGAAAGCGACAAAAAGGUCAUUCGCUUGGAACACCACAUUCUCGGCAAAGAAAUUCUGGAAAAGCUGCGAAAUUUAAUCCCAAGAUCGAAAUAUUCCACACUACCAUCACCAUUUUCAACGACCAUCAGUACAUACAAUGACACGCAGAAUGAUGCCGAUAAAGCAUUCCUCUUCACGAGACGAAACACUGAUGAGGUCAUGGAUGAUAACUCCAAUGCAAGCACAACAACUUGGCAGAUGCGUGAAAAUGUCUCUGAAAGUAUAGCAUUCCGUGUCGUACGGACUAGUGAUGCAACUACGACUCAUCGGAAGUUCAUUCAAAACUUGUUUCGAAGACCCGCCGAUACAGUCAGAUACGAGAUGACAACUCCGCCAUCGUCUGCAGCAUCUACUCAAUUCAUGCAAAAAUCCGUCAAGCCUGAUGAAAACCACAGCGAGUCGAUGACAACUGAGCAUCAUCAGAUUGAGCAACAAUUAUUUCAAUGUCCACCGGCUGAAGAUGAUGGAGGUGAGAAUAAUGCACGAACAAAAGACAGAACCGUGUUCGGGAAACUCAUGAGCCACCAAGGUUCAGCAAUGGUCACUUACAAAUGUCCAACGGCAAAACCAGCACACAAAACUGGUCCGUACAGCGUGACCCACGCUACCCGAAGCUUCAGCAGGCCUUACUCUACCAGCACCAGUAAUCCAAUAAGGAAAUAUAGCAUCAGACGGUUCCGAUCCAGCACUCAUCCGCGGACAUUCUCGACCCGUAUCAUCUUCAGGCUCAAACUAUCAACCAGCAGCAGCACUAGACCACCAACCACAGUCACGACGACAACCAAAAGGACAACCCAAUCAUCCACAGAAAGGAAAAGUACAACAACACCGAUGACUACUACAACUGCAAAACCUGUCACAUCACGGAUGAGGUCGCUGAUGUCAUCGUCCAGCACAACAUCACACACCAUCAGUAACAGAAGCAAAACACUGUCCGCUACGAAACGAACGCCGAGAACAACUGUCAAAUGGGUCCUGGUGUCCACGUUGCCAACGGAACCAACGACCAGAACACAAUCGCCGUAUGACCUCCGAACGGAAGUCAUCAAGAACUACUUCCUGCUCCCGGUAGCGACUCUCAUCCCUCCAACCGUCGCAACAUCAAGCAUGGAUGACACUACCGGUGCUGGUGAGGAUUUAAGCGAAGAUGACGGACUCGAUGCUACGAGGAGGCCGAUGACGGGCAACAAACACAAGAAUUUGCACUAUUCCGGCGGAGGAACAGGAAUGAAAGGAGAUUUCAACGUCACUGGCAAAGACUCGGAGGCAAUUGAGUUGCCAGCAGGACAACGUUUUGGGGCCAUCAAGAUGCCCCCGGCAUUCAACAGAACCUACAAUCCUUCAAUCAUCGAUUUCGAUGCCGAUACCAAAACGGAUCCCUUACUGGAAAUAACAACGCCGGAAAGCGUUUAAGAAUUCUGAAUAUCCAUCAAAUAUAACCAACACGUACUGCUCAGAUCCAGCAUCAGGCAUCUUACGCACUGCUCCGAACAGCUUGAAAGGAUUAUGCAAAAUGUAUGAUGGCACGCAAGUUAUCUCGUGGUCGCCGGGAUCCAGAAAGUGACUGCACAUACGUCAUGUCACAGAGCGUUGGACGUUUGAGCAUCAGGGUUGGACACCAUCGUAUCCGCUCUGCAUACCAAAAUAAUUUAUGGUUGACGUAGGUCUUUGGCGGAGUGCAUGAGAGUCUUGCACAUAUACUACUCAGGACUGCUGGGAAGUGUGCGAAGGAAAUGCCGUUUCAAAUCAGUGCUGUCCGAAAUACAUUUGUUCUCAUGGUACUAACAUUAAAA